UUCUUUAAGACACGAGUAAACAGGUUUGGCAGGUGUAUCGGAAGCUUCUAACGUAACCUAUCUUACCUGCGCCAGGUAAGAGUGCUUAAAACUCAACUUGAAACUUCGUGACGUCUUCGAACCUGGUGAAAACACCUUUGUGAUAAAAUGAAUAAUCCGAUUCCUACUAAUCUGAAGUCCGAGGCCAAGAAGGCAGCUAAAAUACUCAGAGAAUUCACUGAAAUAUCCAACAGAAUGGGGCCUGACAAACUUAUUCCAGCCCAUGUCAUUGCAAAGGCUGAGGGACUGGCUAUCCUGUCAGUCUUUAAAGCGGGUUUCAUGAUUACUGCAAGGGGUGGCAGUGGGAUAGUGAUCGCAAGGCUUGCUGAUGGAAGAUGGUCUGCUCCUUCAGCCAUUGGUAUAGCUGGUCUUGGUGGAGGAUUUGAGAUUGGUCUUGAGACAUCAGAUUUUGUCAUCAUCUUGAAUCAGAGAAAAGCUGUGGAUGCUUUCAGUAAAGGGGGCAAUCUCACACUUGGAGGAAACUUCACUGUGGCUGUUGGCCCACUUGGCAGGAAUUUGGAGGCAGAUGUGGCAGUUCGCAGUACAGCGGCUGUCUACUCGUACUGCAAAUCUCGUGGCCUCUACGCUGGCGUGUCUCUCGUAGGUUCUUACCUCAUUGAACGCAAGGACGCCAACCGAAAGUUCUAUGGUCAAGACAUUCGUGCUUCUGCAAUUCUCAAUGGAGAUGUAGAACCUCCACCUGAAGCACAUGACUUGUACACCAUUUUGGAGGACUACACUGAUAAAUAUACCAACGAGUGGCAGAACAAAAACAUGCGCACAAGCAAGAUGAGUUCAGCACCAGCUAGACCAAAGCCUCCCACACAGAGAGCUGCCUCCUCUUACACACCCAGGACAGAGGCCUUCACUGCUGCAAAGCCAGCUCUCUAUCCGAGCUUAGACUUAAACUGGGAUACUGCAAGCUCAGAUCAAGCAUCAGGUGGUGCUCUAGUGGUCACAGCUGUCCAUCCAUUCACCAGCCAGCAGCCUGGGGAUCUGAGUUUUGCUCCAGGAGACCGCAUCACUGUUAUUACCAAAACUGAAUCACGGUAUGACUGGUGGGAAGGUGAACUAAGAGGGCAGGUGGGGAUCUUUCCAGCCAAUUUUGUGUCCUAAUGCUGAGAGUUGCUUAAAAUGCUUAGAAAAAGACCUGUCAUCUACCAGAUGACAUGUCUGCAAUCGAAGGGUCCCUUUCUUAUUUGCAGUUUGAAAUGAAGUUAAGGAUGAAGCUGUAUAUUUUUAGGAGCACUUAUGUUCAGUGUUCCCAAAGGUUUUAUUUCUAAGUGAUGACAAUUACUUUUUUUUUAAUGUUCAGGCAUAGGUGAAUUACUUUCCUUUUUUAAUGUUAGCCAUUCAGUUACUAGCUUGUGGGUACACCUUUGUUAAAGCAUUAUUUAAAGUUAUUGUAGCUCACUUUUUGGGGGGGGGUUUGGUUUUUUGUUUAGAAACUGGUUUUAUAUGGUUUAUUUUGCUAUUGUUGGGAAUCACACUGUAAUUCAUAUAUUGUUUUAUUUUAUCCAGACAAAGUAAUUAUUUAAAUCAUAACAUAUAUGUGUGAUAUUUGAAGUGCAAUUGCUUUGGUAUUUGAAAUAUGGAAGCAGUGUUUUGUCAUUGGUAAAAUAACAAAAGUCACUGUGUUGAGUUAUUGUUCAACAAUGCACAAUUUAACAAACUUGAAAAUGGCAAAGAAGGCUACAUGGACAUGCCUUGUUUUAGAUAAACUACUGUAUACAACUUUAUAACCUCACAUCUGCCUUGAUCCACUUUUUUAUUUGAUUGUUUUGGCUUUUUUCUCUCUGAGGAAGAGGUUGAAUGAAAUAGGAUUUACUGAUAUUUGCACAAUUGUAAAUGGACCAUUGUAGCUGUAUUUCCUACUGUUUUUAAAUAUAUAAUGUAUAAGUCAAAGUUUAACUGAUCUAAUAAAGAAACUUAUUAGGUUUCCUAAAUCUUGCACUCAUUAUUUGUCUACUACCUGUGUUAAGAUGUUAAAAAAAGUGUCAAUAAAUUGUUCUAA